AUAAAGCCAAGGGACCUUUUUUACUAUUGUCUCAAAACCAAGAACUGAAAAUUCGUUUCUUGAUCUCCAUCACUGCAUCAGAAAGCCAACCUUUUUUACGAUUUGAAGAAAGUUGAUAACUUUAUACCAAAAAUUAGAAAUUCCAUUUGUGAUCUACAGUUGGUUAAUGGAAUAUCAAUGUUUCCGAGCCCCACUUCAUCUGAGAUUGGGAAUCAUACUGUCACUCCUAGUUGGUAUUGGCUAUUGUAAACAUACGUCUCGAUACUUCUCGGAGGUGGGCAGCUAUAAAUAUAUCACAGAAACAUACUUUCAGAAAUAUGAUACCUUAGUUGAUGAUGCUUUCCAAAAUUUCAUAUCCAACGAGCUUUCUCACGGCUUCUGUGAAAAACAGAAUAUUGUGCCAAAACUGUCUGUUCUGCAGAGACAGUUAAUUGGUGAAGGUUCUCACCGACGUCUAACUUCUUCCAUUAGAAUUGAAAUCCAACCAGAAGUUUUGUCUAAAUCCCCCUCGCUCUUCUGUGAGUCCAUACUUGUUGAGAGACUGCCUUUUGGGGUAUUUGCUGACCCAUUUGAGCUAGAACAUCUCACACAGCGUGGUGAGUUUACCGACGCUUCUGCAUUCGGGGACACAGAUUUAGAAUUGCCUACUGUGCGGGCAAAUCGAUCCAUUGUAGAGGUUCACAUGGCUUUGGGCGCUAGUACCAAGACUGAAUGGGAACUCAACAUUGAGCUUCCAUUACAUGCACGCUAUGCGCCCUUAGGAAAACAUGGUUACACGAGAGUUGAAUUUGGGUCUCCUGAUUUGCUUUUACGCUGCGUUGUGGAAAGUGAUUCCCAUAAUCAAAGCUGUAUAUUUUCAUCAGCCAAUGCCGGUGUUAGAUCCAGUUCUGCUGCUACUGUCUGGGAAGUACCUUCUGGAAUUGUGGAACACACAAAACUCGUGUCUGUUCUUACUUUUAUUUCAGCAGUUGUUGGUGCUUUCUCAAUUGUAUUGGCAUGUCUCUUUCCUUCAGAAUUUUCAGACUACAAAGAUUCCAAACAAUCUUAGUAUGCUUAAGGUUUGUAUGUCAUGUAGAUUAUUUUCUUUAGUUACUGGGAAGAGUAUCACUAUACAUGUACUUUCAUAUUUUUAUUUUUGUUAUGUCAAACAUGCUAUUCAACAUAUAUGAUUUUCUUGUUUUUUA